AUGGACUCGGCGUCCAGCUCGCUCCCCGUGAGCUACGCGACAGUGGAAGCUGCCCAUGCCUCGCCCGGCUGGCUGGGCCUCAUCGGGUGGCUUCUCCUCGGCACCAUCAACUUCACCACCACGGUCCUGUACUGGAUCAUCCGCACGGUGACCAUCACCUUGCCAACCUUCCUGUACACGCUCUUCUCCGCGAGCUGGACAGUGACUAUGAAUGCCACCACGCUCAUGUUCAUCGUCGUGGCCAUCGUGUCGGCGGUCAGCUGGGUCGUCAGGUAUCGCAUCCUGAACAUGUACUCGAGACUGCCUCCUGAGCCCCAGCGCAAGGAGCCCGAGAUCGACUUGUUCCCCGACACUCACGAAGGUGGCAUCAAGUCCGGCCUGUCCAACUAUCUGGACGAGUUCCUGAGCGCGAUCAAGAUCUUCGGCUACCUCGAACGAUCCGUGUUCCACGAGCUGACCCGCAGUAUGCAGACUAGAAAGCUUAUUGCCGGGGAGACCAUCAACCUGGAAGCAGAAAAGGGCUUCUGCAUUGUCGUUGACGGUCUCGUGGAGAUCUUUGUCAAGUCGGGGCGGAAUUUUCGAGCGCCUGUCAGAAGCGGGUCGCGAAACGACCUCUUCGAUUCUUCCUCGGACGAAGACAAUCUGCCUGGUCAGCAAAAGUAUCAGCUGCUGACAGAAGUCCGCAAUGGAGCGCCAAUGUCGUCGCUCUUCUCCAUCAUGUCUUUGUUCACAGAGGAUGUGAAGCUCAAGAGGCACGACGAAGACUCUCCUCUUGCGGCGGGCGCGAGUCGGCAUGCGCGAAGCGACUCUGUAAAGGAGUCUGCCGCGAAGGUGUCUCAUGGCCCGACGUCGAUGCCAAGCACGCCGCAUCUUGACGCCAACGUGGAGCGUCCAAGCGUCCGGUAUGGUGAUGCCCUCUUGUCAGACGGAGCGAGUACUCCUCAGAUACCGCCCAUAUCCCUUGACCCUGCUCUGAGCUUUCAGGCGGGCAAACAGAGAGCGGGGCUUCACAGCAGGUCAAUGUCAGCCUCGGCACACCCUGACAUUAUAGCAAGGGCAACGGUUGAUACGACCAUCGCAAUCAUCCCUGCGAGUGCCUUUCGGAGGCUGAUCAAGAUCUACCCCAAAGCCACGGCACACAUUGUCCAUGUGAUCCUUUCUCGGUUCCAGAGAGUCACGCUCGCACAGGCGUUCAACUAUCUCGGCUUGACAGCUGAGGUGCUUCAGACCGAGAAGGACAUGGUCAAGUUCACCAUGUGCCAGCUCCCCAACAUCCUUCGCGGAGAUGCCCUCACUCGGCUGAAAGAAAAGUUCAAUCGCGAGCGGGAGCGCAUUGGCGAAGAUCAAGAGACCAAAGGGAUUGCUCUGCACAACUCGGCGGCUAACAGGCGCCGUCGGUCGAGCGCGGCUCUCCGCAAGGACCUGGUCAUGCAAGCCAUUGCUAAGAAUCGAUCUGCGUCGUCCACAAUCAACAAUGCCGCUUCUGCGCGCGAUCUCCGCUUGGCUCGCGGUCUCAACCCUGGAGAUCUCCUGUCAGGCGCACAGCCCAAUCGGCCACACAACAAGAGCCCUUAUCCGGGAAGCCUCGUUCGAUCUCCAGCAUACAUGGGCACAGAGGACAGUGGGCCUUUCAGUCCCCUGACGCAAAAGACGUUCAACCCCUUUGACUCUGGAAGGCACGCUCGCAUCUCAACGGAUCGUGACUCAGUGGACGAGGAUAACCUCUUCAGGGUGUCCAUCCUCGAAUGCGUCUUCAAGGCCCUUGGCCUAGAUGCGGGCGGAACGUCAUCGAGAGACGUCGACUCGGUAGAAGGAUCACCGAGGCUGACGGGAUCUCCCCGGUUGAUUUCUACAGACCGACGUUCAAAGACGCUGUACACGAGCAAUGCGUUCGGGUUCAUUGGCCCGUACGACGGCUCCAUUGAUGGAGAGACUGAAUCAUUGGCCUCCAAUGGCCUGGCUGCUCAUACUCCGCCGAAUGCCCAUGCCUUGGCCCACGACAUGAUGGAUGAGGUUGAGAUCGUCUUCUUCCCCAAGGGGUCGGUGCUCGUGGAGCAAGGGGAGCGCAGCCCCGGCCUCUACUAUGUUGUUGACGGCUUUCUCGACAUUGGCACCACGGUUACGGAUGGCGUCCAAAACAUCUUCCAAAAGUCCGGCCCCGCGUCCUUUAGCGCAGAGUCGCUCCAUGCGGACCAUCGGUUCGAGAGCCCUGGCUCCAAGGCUUCAGUGCAUGGCACACCGCAUUCCUCACAGCCAGACCAAAACCGUCGCCGAAGCGUGGCUCUCAUCAAACCAGGAGGAUUGGCCGGAUACAUCGGGAGCGUCUCGUCGUACAGAUCGUUCAUUGAUGUGGUGGCCAAGACGGACGUGUAUGUGGGAUUCCUUCCGAGAGCUUCUCUGGAAAGAAUCGUCGACCGCUAUCCCAUCAUUCUCUUGACCAUGGCAAAGAGGCUUACGCACAUCUUGCCUCGGCUCAUCCUGCACAUUGACUUUGCUCUUGAAUGGGUCCAGGUCAAUGCUGGUCAAGUCAUUUUCCAUGACAAUGAUGAAAGUGACGCCAUCUAUAUUGUCCUCAACGGGCGUCUUCGCCUUGUCGAGGACAGGCAGGAUGGUGGAGUAUCUGCACGAGCCGAGUUUGGACAAGGCGAGAGCAUCGGUGAGCUCGAGGUGCUGACAGAAACCGCGCGUUCUGGGACCCUGCACGCCAUUCGAGACACCGAGCUCGUCAAGUUUCCUCGCACCCUGUUCAACAGCCUCGCCCAGGAGCAUCCCAACAUCACCAUCAAGAUCUCCAAGAUUAUUGCCUCGAGGAUGAGAGCAGCGGUGGACGACUCUACCAAGUACGUUGCAAAGGAAGCAGGCUCGGGAGCUGUGACCAACCAGCGCAAGUCAACCUUGAACAUCCGGACAGUGGCCAUCCUCCCGGUCACCGCAGGGGUUCCCGUCGUCGAAUUCGGGCACCGUCUUAUGAAUGCGCUCGCCCAGGUCGGGCCCCAGAACGGUGCAACGUCGCUCAACCAGUCUGGUAUUUUGAACCAUCUGGGAAAGCAUGCGUUCAACAAGAUGGGCAAGCUCAAGUUGUCGCAAUAUCUCGCCGACUUGGAAGAGAAGUACGGCUUGGUGGUCUACGUGGCAGAUACCAAUGUCAACUCACCGUGGACGCAAACGUGCAUCACGCAAGCUGACAGUAUCCUGUUGGUGGGUUUGGCUGAGGGCUCUCCGGCCAUUGGGGAAUACGAGCGGUUUAUGCUUGGGAUGAAGUCCACAGCACGCAAGACUCUGGUUCUCCUCCACACCGAACGGUUCUCACGACCUGGCCUCACUCGGUCGUGGCUGCGAAAUCGCAUGUGGAUCAAUGGCGGCCAUUACCAUAUCCAGAUGCCGUACAGAACAGACGCAAUGCCUGUGCAUCCACCGUCAAAGAAACUGGGCCAGGCUCUCAAGGAACGCGUGCAAGUGCUACAGGCCGAGAUUCAGAAGUAUACAUCGAGGAACGUGCACCAUACUCAAUACUACUCGCCUGACACGCCGUUCAAGGGGGAUUUCCAUCGCCUCGCUCGCCGUCUUUGCGGAAAGUCUAUUGGACUCGUCCUCGGCGGCGGCGGAGCACGAGGCAUCAGCCAGAUCGGCAUCAUCCGAGCGAUGGAAGAGGCCGGCAUUCCGGUGGACAUUGUCGGCGGAACCUCGAUUGGAGCCUUUGUCGGUGCGCUUUACGCCCGGCAUGCAGACGUUGUGCCCAUGUUUGGCUUCGCAAAGAAGUUUGCGGGCCGCAUGGCCAGUCUCUGGCGAUUUGCGCUGGAUCUCACAUAUCCCUCUGCGUCUUAUACGACGGGCCACGAGUUCAAUCGAGGCAUCUUCAAGACUUUUGGGAAUACGCAGAUUGAGGACUUUUGGCUCGAGUACUACUGCAACACGACCAACAUCAGCAAGAGCCGGGCCGAGUUUCACACGAGCGGCUACGCGUGGCGAUACAUUCGAGCAUCGAUGUCGUUGGCCGGCUUGUUGCCUCCGCUGUGCGACGAAGGCAGCAUGCUGCUUGACGGAGGCUACGUGGACAAUCUGACGGUUUCGCACAUGAAGGACCUGGGCGUAGACGUGAUUUUUGCCAUAGACGUGGGAGCGCUGGAUGACGAUACGCCGCAGACGUACGGAGACUCGUUGUCCGGGUUCUGGGCGUUCUUCAACCGGUGGAAUCCCUUCUCGACACACCCCAACCCGCCGACGCUGGCGGAGAUUCAGGGCAGGCUGGCGUACGUGUCGAGCGUGGAUGCGCUGGAGCGAGCAAAGACCAUGCCGGGGUGCAUUUACAUGCGGCCGCCUGUCGACGGGUAUGGGACGCUCGACUUUGGCAAGUUUGACGAGAUUUACAAGAUGGGAUACGAGUUUGGGCGCGAGUUCUUCCAGAAGCUCAAGGAGGAGAACAAGCUGCCUCUGACGGAAGAGACGGAGGCGAAGAAGGCAUUGCGGAGGACAACGGCACCUAGACGAGCCAGCAUAUAG